AUGCAGCGGCCGGCGUGGCCACAGCAACAGCCAUGGGGGGGCCAGCAAGGCUGGAUCCAGCAGGGAUGGCCUGCCCAGCAAGGCUGGGUUAGCCAGCAGCAAGGAUGCGGGCAGUGGGGUGGAAUGCAGCAGUGGCAGUGGCCCCAAAUGCAGACAGGCAACGAUGGAUACAUUGUUUGCUAUGUCCCUGUCGGCAUGCAGCAAGGCCAAGGCGGCCACAUGGUGAAUCAAAUGAUUCAAAUGAACAAUUCCGGCCAGAUGGGCAUGCAGGGCAUGCAGAGCAUGCAGAUGCCCAUGCAGAUGGGCCAGCCAAACCACAUGAUGCACGCAGGCAGUGGACCGCUCAUGAUGCCCGUGCAAACCGGAGGCAUGGGCGGGCAGCAGAGUCAUUGGUCCUUGAACCAUCACAGCGGCCCUGGACAGCACCCGUUUGGGAAAGGCAGCGGGAAGUACAAUCGGGUCGGCAAUGUUGGCCCCGACAAUGACUCCAGUUGGCGGUCGAGGCCAAUGGAUGGAGGCAGCAAGAACGAUGCGGCAAUGUUCGUGUCGAGAUCCGAGGUCACAUCCUCCAUGAAGCGGAGGAGUGAAAGUGCGGAGGUCAGCAGCGGCGGCAGCUUUGAGGCCAAAGCCCCAGUUUCCGUAGCUGGGCAUGUAAAUGUGCGAGAAACGAAAGUGGCGUCAGAGCCGGGGGACGAAGACGAGGCGGCGGAAAGCGAGCCGGCAGAGGCCGAUGAGAACGAGGAGGUGGAAGGCAAGGUGUCGGAGGUGCCGGACGAGCAGAGUGAGCACGAGGAGGCCGAAGAUGGCGUGAAGGAGGAGGCCGAAGAUGGCAUGCAGAAGGAGGGUGAAGAAGAUGAGCUAGAGGAGGCAGACGAGCAGGAAGAGGCGGAAGAUGAUGACCCGGAGCAGGAAGAGGCGGAAGAUGAUGACCCGGAGGAGGCUGAAGAUGGCGUGCAGGAGGAGGGUGAAGAAGAUGAGCUAGAGGAGGCAGACGAGCAGGAAGAGGCGGAAGAUGAUGACCCGGAGCAGGAAGAGGCGGAAGAUGAUGACCAGGAGGAGGCCGAAGAUGGCGUGCAGGAGGAGGCCACACGCAAUGAGCAGGAUGCGGAAGAUCAUCAGGAGGAGGCCACGCAGAAGCAGAAGGAGGAAGAGCCAAAGCCUGCAGAGAAGCAGCCUGAGGAGGCGCCGAAGCCCGAGGAGAAAGCCCCUGCCUUGGUCCCCCCAUGGCUGCAGACGCGCCGCCGGCGCAAGCAGUGA